AUGUGCCAGCAGUUCGUGAACGCCGGCACCUUCACCCUAGCACAUGGUAUUGGCCAGACCGCUAAGCUCGCGUUCAUCGGCGUGUUUGCUGGCGGCACCUAUUAUUAUUUCAACACGCCGUCGACGCUCCGGUUAUCUCAUCCGGGCUUCAACACGCUGUAG